CCCACACAAACCAAUUAACCAACACUUUAAAUCAAAGGCAAAGUUCCCUUAGCAAGCACCACCAAUUCUUAAUUCUAAAACAUCUCCAAAUGGCUGCACACACACUGAGCGAAGCCUUCACCUUGUUGUUCCUUCUCAUUUUCUCAUCUCUCACCUCAAUUUCGGAGCCAUGUCACGUGGUGGACCAAGAAGCAUUACUAGAAUUCAAGAGAAGAAUCACCUCUGCCCCUUGGAAGCUGCUACAUUCUUGGACACCCUCCUCUGACUGUUGCCACCAUUGGGAAGGCAUCGCAUGUGGUUCCACCGGCAGGGUCACAAACCUCACGCGUAACGGCCUAGUGUACGACGCUGACAUCCCCACAGAGACAUACAUGUCAGGAACGUUAUCACCUUACCUCGGAAACUUGUCUAGUUUGCAAGUUUUGGACCUUAGUGACCUUAACAAGUUGCAUGGUCCAAUACCUUCUGAGCUGGCCAAGUUAUCACACUUAAGGAAACUUUUUCUCCAUUCAAACAUGUUCACAGGUGGCAUACCAGCAUCAUUCGAAAGGCUUUCCCAUCUUGAGAGUUUGUACCUUGACAACAAUCGCUUAUCUGGUAAUGUUCCUUCUUCUGUCUUUGCCUCGUUGAAGUCUCUUUCGGAACUUGGUCUAUCUGGGAACAAGCUUUCUGGGAGGAUUCCUUCUUCCAUUGGAAGCAUGGUGUUUCUCACUAGGCUUGAUUUUCAUCAAAACAAUUUCCAUGGCAAUGUUCCUUCUAGCAUUGGCAAGCUUGUAAAUCUCAAGACAUUGGAUUUAUCUUAUAAUAAGAUUAGUGGAAGGAUUCCUGAGUCAAUUGGGGGUCUUUCAAAAUUGGUUAUACUAGAUCUGAUGUAUAAUAAUGUCACAGGAAGCCUCCCUUUUUCUAUUGGGGAUUUAAGUUCCUUGAAAUUUUUGAGGUUAUCAGAGAACAUUCUCACAGGAAUUUUGCCUUAUUCCAUUGGUAACCUCAAGAAUGUGCAAAGGCUAAUUCUCGAGAAUAAUAAAAUUACUGGGAAGUUACCUGCUACCAUUGGCCAUUUGACCAGCUUAACUGAUUUAUUUCUUGCAAACAAUAGAUUCAGUGGUGAAAUUCCACCUUCCUUUGGCAAUUUAAUCAACCUGGAAACAUUGGAUUUGUCUAGGAACCAACUUCGUGGUGCACUUCCACCUCAACUUACUAAACUUCAGAGUUUGCAAACCCUAGACUUGUCAUUCAACCCACUAGGACUAGGAAAAUUCCCCGAGUGGUUUUCCAAAUUGAGAGUUUUUCAGUUGAAAUUGGCUAAGACAGGGAUUAAAGGUGAACUCCCAAAGUGGCUAUCAUCGUCAUCAUUGGCAACCCUUGAUUUGUCAAGCAAUGCAUUAACGGGGAAAUUGCCUUGGUGGAUUGGAAACAUGACUCACCUUGCCUUCCUCAACUUGUCAAAUAACGAGUUUCAUUCAUCACUCCCAGUAGCAUUCAAGAACCUUUCUUCUCUGAUGGACCUUGACCUCCACUCCAAUAAGCUCACUGGCUCUCUCGAAGUUAUAUUUGAGAAAGAGGUUCAAUUUUCACUAGGGCAUUUCAACUCCAUUGACCUAUCCAACAACAAGUUUAGUGGUCCCAUCGAUGAGAACAUGGGAGAAAAGGCCUCAAUGAGUUCAAUCAGAGUCCUUGUAUUGUCACACAACCCAUUGGGAGGAUCUGUGCCAAAGUCAAUUGGGAAACUGAGAGGAUUGGAGAUUCUGGACCUUGAGGAUAGUGAGAUCACAGGGAAUAUACCUGAAGAACUUGGUGUUGUUGACACGUUAAGAAAGAUUAACCUUUCAAAGAACAAGUUAAGUGGCAACAUACCGGGGAAGGUCCUAAAUUUGAAGAGGCUUGAAGAGUUCGAUGUGUCAAGGAACCAACUCAGAGGGAGGAUCCCUCCACAUAAGGCUAUGUUCCCAAUAUCAGCUUUUGUCGGUAAUCGUGGAUUGUGUGGGCCACCACUUCCUCCUUGUAAACUUUAUAUUUAGAUAAUUUUCUGAAUUAGUACUUCUGGAGGAAAAGUAUACAAAAUAAAAAUAAAUGAAGUAAUUUUUGUUUG